UACAGGAAGCAUGAAGAGUUCAGCUUUCAUCCUUCUGUUGACACAACAGAGGUACCUCGCAAACGAAAGGAUCGAGGGAACUCGAGUCAUCCAGUUCGCUUGUCGUGUUCCGUGCAACAGAUGAACUGUUUUCUGCACAGUAACGACCACUGGAAGACUCCACCUUUGUGGCCUGAUGAAUACGGACAAUUCUGUUUCUGUCAGAACUCCAACAACAACACUUACUGGUGCCUGAGGACCAUCAACGAAGUCGAGAACUUUUUAUAUUGCGAGUUUGUCACCGAGUUCGUCAGCUACUACGAUUUGAACGAAGAUCCAUAUCAGUUGCACAACAUCGUGUAUUCGUUGGAAAUGAGCACACUGGAGCGAUUGAGCGAACGUCUACGACUGCUACGAGAAUGCAAAGGCGCCUCUUGUGAGCGUUAUUCCGGUACCAAUUGGGAGCAACACAUUGAGCCACCACUCACGGCACCACAUCCUUGA